AACGCGCGGACGCUCCACGUGGACCGGCUUACGCAAUUUUCUCAGGGAGAAAUUUCAGCCUCAGAAAACCAACUGCACAUUCGACAGUCUAUCAAGUCAGCGGUCCAGCUCGGCAGCUUCAGUCUUCGUGUAGAAAAUCAGACACAAAUUAGCGCUCCUCCUCUUUGGGGAAACACACGCCCCUGAUGCUCCGUGCGUGUAAUUAUAUUUCUUAGAAGUAAAAAGCCCCGCGGCGUCUGUGGCGAAUCUGCGGCUUCCGACGUGGAGCUCGGGUGGAGCCCGGCACGCGAGAGCUUCGGCCGCUUAGAGCCCCGGCCCUGUCUCUGUGGGAAAAGGAACCCGAGUUUGCUGAGGCAUGUUGGAUCCACCUGGCCACAUUGCAACUGGUACCGCCCUGCCCUGGCUAUUCCAGAUGGCACACAUGCACCUGGAACUCAAGUACACACCCUCUGCUUCCUGAGAAGGUUUGGAGGGGCAGGUCAGGUAUCUGGCUUCAAGACCAGGAGUCAGGACCUGAGACCUGUGGUACCCAGUGGCCUCCCUACCUUCAAGAGAACAUGAACGACUGGAUGCCCAUCGCCAAGGAGUAUGACCCGCUUAAAGCUGGCAGCAUCGAUGGCACCGACGAAGAGCCGCACGACCGCGCGGUGUGGCGGGCCAUGCUGGCCCGGUACGUCCCCAACAAAGGUGUCACGGGAGACCCCCUCCUCACCCUGUUCGUGGCCAGACUCAACCUGCAGACCAGAGAGGACAAGUUGAAGGAGGUCUUCUCCCGCUACGGGGACAUCCGGCGGCUGCGGCUGGUGCGGGACCUGGUGACCGGCUUCUCCAAGGGCUACGCCUUCGUGGAGUUCAAGGAGGAGCGCGCGCUGCUCAAGGCCUACCGCGACGCGGCGGGCCUGGCCAUCGAGCAGCGCGAGGUCUUCGUGGACUUCGAGCAGGAGCGGACGCUGCGCGGCUGGGUCCCGCGGCGCCUGGGCGGCGGGCUGGGCGGGAAGAAGGAGUCGGGGCAGCUGCGGUUCGGGGGGCGCGACCGGCCCUUCCGGAAGCCCAUCAACCUGCCCGUGGUUAAAAGCGAGCUGCACAGAGACGGGAAGCGAGACAGGCGGGAGCGGUCCCGGGAAAGACACCGCGACUGCAGGGCCCGGGACCGCGACCACGACCGGGGCCGGGACAAGAGAUGGCCGGAAAGGGAGCCGGCCCGGGCGUGGCCUGAAAACGACUGGGAGAGAGGGCGGGACCCCCGAGAGGACAGGGUCAAGGGGAGGGACAGGAGGGACCGGAGCAGGUAGAGGCCCCGGGUUCAAACCCCAGUACCGCCAAGAAAAAAAGGAAAAAAGUAGUGGGGUAGUUGUCUCCAUGCGCCCUUUAUGUGUAAUGGUUCAAUAAAGCUACAUAAGAAGGGUUGGAAUCUUUUUUUUUUUGUUUUGCAGUACCAGGACCUGAACUCAAGGCCUAUACCUUAAA